CUGACUAAUCGAAACAGUCCAAAAGCAGUUUGCAACAUGGAGCGACCAACGUCUUCUGCCAUGCAAAUGAUUUAUGCAGAACUGGCCGCAGUUAAAGCACAGAAUGCGCGUUUGGAGGAGGAGAAUAUUCUGCUACGUCACAGACUGAAUCGCGCAUCCACAGAUCAACACACGAACGCCACAGUGAAUGUGGAGGCCAAGAUCAGGGCAUUCCAAUUGGAAGAGGAGCGCGAUCGCAUGGUAGAGACGCUGCAGAUGCACAAGAAGAAGUACAAUAAGCUACAGGAUGCAUACCUAGACAAGAUGAAACGUUGCAAAGCGCUGGAGGAGAUGUUCAAGCGGCAAAAGACGCUCACUGGGCUGGUUAUGAAAUCCGCACUCGCUCAACGCCAAUCGGAGCAGCAAAUAAUGCUCGAGAAGCGUCAGUCACAACAAAGCAAAAGCAGCUCAGCGGAGGUUGAGCAGCUGCAGGCGAAGUUAGCAAAAAUGCAAACGGCGCUAGAUGAGUCCUAUGACAUUAUUGACGAAAUGGACUUUGAGCUGGAAAGCGUCGAUUUGCUGGAGAUGCAGAACAAGAGUUUGCGCGAAGAGUUGGCAGCGCUCAGGACGCAACUGGACGAGGGUGCAGCACAAGUCCCUUCAGCUGUUCCCGCAGACGACGAUGAUCCACCGCCCAAAUACGAACCGACCGACCAGGCGCGUCGCAGCUAUCGCCAACAUGUAGCCUCGUCGACCUGUGAUUGCUGUUUGAAGAAUGACGACGCCGAUGCGGAAUCACUAGAACGCGCAGCAAUGACACACAGCCUGGUACAAACUAUUGAGGCCGAAAGCAAUUGCCUGCGACGCGAGCUUUUGCGGUCACGCUUGCAGCACAAAAUACGCGCCAAAUUGGAUAAAGAAGAAGAGGAGGAGGAUUAGGCUCUGGCAGUCCAAUAGGAUUUGCUUUUCAGCUGCUGACAAAGGCUGAAUGUAAUGCAUUGGUGCAUUGAAGUGGAAUUGGACUAGAGUUUGUUUUGUGCUCCUGACACAGGCUGCAUGCUACAAGUAGUGUACAUGACAUUAAAUGAAGUUUUGAAGUGGGACUGGGUUUUAGUUGUAUUUGUGCAGCGGACACAGGCUGUAUGCUACAAGUGAUAUAAAUGGAAUGAAAUAAAGCAUUGAAGCGGAAUUGGAUUUGUGCUGCUGAAACGGACUGCAUGUACAACUGAUGUAAACGGAAUGAAAUGAAACAUAGAGGGAAGAUCAAAGGAAAGUUGGAAUUAAAUUGGAUUAAUUAUUGCUU